CACCAUUCCAUUUUCUCCCAUCAGACACUGUCUUAUCAAUCAAGCUUUUUUUUUCUUUUUUUGAUUGACAUUCGCUUCGUGACUUAAUGGCACUAUCUGGUCGGAUACUGUAACCUGUUUUGUUAACAAAAUAAUCUUAUCUUAAGUUUGAAAGUUAAGUUCAAAUCCCGAUACAUUUUUAUCAAGCCCAGCUCCUGGAUCAGCCGUUUCCGUUUCUGCGGGGCACUCUGGCCAUGUCGAUAUUCUUACUGUUUCUCGCAGCAGCAGGUACAUUUAUCACUGUAGAGAAUUGAGGGUUUUUUUUUUUUAACAAACAGCAGGUACAGUUAACACUAUAUAGCAGGCCUGCACAACAUACGGCCCGCGGGCCACUUGCGGCCCGCCAGCACCCACUUGGUGGCCCGCGAAGUAACUAAAUAAUAUUUAUUAUUAUUAUUGUAUUAAUAGCUUUCGCCCCUGUCCUAUCAUCUUUCGGCCUGCACAAGCUUUUCAUAAAGUAUUAGGGCCCAGCUUACAUUUUGAGUUGUGCAGGCCUGCUAUAGAUAAUUGAGGUUUUUUUUGUUUUUUUUAAACAGUAGGUACAGUUAACACUAUAGAGAAUUGAGGUUAUUUUAAACAAAGAUCAAAGUCUGAUUGUAACAUUAUUGACUGGGUUCUGUGUCUAAGCUUUUAUUUUUCCUGUAGUGGAUUAUGAUCAAUGUUUUCUCUGUAGACGCUCGCAAAAGAUUUUUCACCUUUUUUUUCCAGCUUGACCAAAAAAGCCAUGUUACUUGACAAAUCUAUGACAUAUUUAUGACGUUUAUAUAUAUAUAUAUAUAUAUAUAUAUGUGGCACAUGUACGACAUAUCUAUGACAUACAUAUGACAUAUUUAUGACGUUUAUAUAUAUAUAUGGCACAUGUACGACAUAUCUAUGACAUACAUAUGACAUAUCUAAGACAUAUUUAUGACGUUUAUAUAUAUAGAUGGCACAUGUACGACAUAUCUAUGACAUACAAAUGACAUAUCUAAGACAUAUUUAUGACGUUUAUAUAUAUAGAUGGCACAUGUACGACAUAUCUAUGACAUACAUAUGACAUAUCUAAGACAUAUUUAUGACGUUUAAAUAUAUAUAGAUGGCACAUGUACGACAUAUCUAUGACAUACAUAUGACAUAUCUAAGACAUAUUUAUGACGUUUAUAUAUAUAGAUGGCACAUGUACGACAUAUCUAUGACAUACAAAUGACAUAUCUAAGACAUAUUUAUGACGUUUAUAUAUAUAGAUGGCACAUGUACGACAUAUCUAUGACAUACAUAUGACAUAUCUAAGACAUAUUUAUGACGUUUAAAUAUAUAUAGAUGGCACAUGUACGACAUAUCUAUGACAUACAUAUGACAUAUCUAAGACAUAUUAUUAUAUAUGACAUAUGUACGACAUAUUUAUGACAUACAUAUGACAUAUCUAAGACAUAUUUAUGACGUUUAUAUAUAUAGAUGGCACAUGUAUGACAUAUCUAUGACAUACAUAUGACAUAUCUAAGACAUAUUAUUAUAUAUGACAUAUGUACGACAUAUCUAUGACAUACAUAUGACAUAUCUAUGGCAUUUUAAUAUCCGAUAUAAAUAGCUUGAGGGUGAUUUUUGUUUAAUGGAUAGAUUUUUGUUUAAAUCGGGGAAAACAUUACAUAACGGUAGGGACCCUAUCAUUUCAAAGGGAUUCAAUCAUUAAUUUAAGAAAUACACCAGUUAUCUUCAUAAUUUCCCCUUGGUUAAGGUGGCUCUAACUUUUACUUUCAUUAUUGUCCUGUCUUUUGGUCCAAGCUUCAACAGACCUUGCUCUAUUUCUUCUAGUUUUUAGGAACUUUCAAUGAUUAUUAAUUAGGUGGAUUACUAAAGUAAUCCUUAUAUUUGUAUGUGACCAUUCCCAUAAUUAUGCCCGUAAGUUAUUUUUUUUUUUAAUAUCAAAUAGUGAGAAAUAAAUAAAUCUAUAAUUUUUAAUAUUUAUAUUUUAAAGGAGCAAAAAAGCUAUUUUUUUUUUAAAACUUCUUGACGUCAGAUUGUUAUGAUGAUAUUUUCUCCCCAGGUGCAGCUGCUCUGCCCGCCCUGAACACUGGCGUCCCAAACCACUUUCUUUCCAAUGAAGACUUUCAGUUCCUUCAAACCCUGCCGAAGCUCAGGGCAGGCGCCCAGCUGCCCGGGUUCAAGUACAUCUACCUGGAUGCCGCCAACCACCAGCUGACCCCCAGGCUGAACACGAGUCACCUCCAGCUGGAGAUCGCGGGCUCGCCCAAGUGCUCCCAGCACGCGCUGGACGUGGCGGCGGGCGUGAUCCAGAAGAUGACCAGGUUCAUGCCGGCCAGCAUGUUCCAGACGCUGACCAGGGGGAAGGUUGGCAUCUUCACGGCCGCCGAGAAGGUGACCAUAUUCCCAGAAAAUGCUGGACUGGCGAACGGGAACUGUGGUACCUCCUGCACAGGUGAGUGACGUGAACAUUUGGGACUGAUUUUUGUGAACUGUGGUACUACCUGUACAGGUGAGUGGCAUAAAUAAACUUAUGGGACUGGCUAGCGGGAACUGUGAAAAGAUAUUAUUAAUUUCUUCAGGCCAAAGCUACUCACCAAACUAAAAAUAACUACUAAAGUAGAUCUGAACUGUCGAGGAAAAAAAAUUACAACAUUUAUGAAAAGAACGAACAUCUAUAUCAAAUGCUAUUAAAUUUAUAGAUAUACAUAUAUUGAUGUUGUUUUUUACCUGAUUUGUACGUUUACUUAAAUAUUUCUUUUAUUUUACACUUCUUAACUAUGGUUUCAUCAUGAAAAUUUUGUCAGUCCCUUAUAUUUUUUUGUUCUUAGUUUAUCUUUCACAUUUUCAAAAUAAGUGUCUAAAAAAUCAAUAUUACCCAUAUGAAACUGAUCUUCUACCAGGUACUUGCGCCCACACCUGCACAUUCGACGGCCGGAAGUGGGAGAACAUCGGUGGUCUGACCAACUCCAGGUCCGUGGUCCUCGACGACAACGUCCUGUGCUCGGCGGCCGACCCCCACCACCGCUCGGUCAACAUCAUGGUCCACGAGUUCGCCCACCUGGUCCACACCUACGCGACGACGGCCGCCAUCAAAACCCAGAUCACCAACGCGUACAACGCGGCCAAGCAGCACGCCACCUGGCAGCUCAACACCUACGCCAUGGCCAACGACCACGAGUACUGGGCCGUGGCCUCCACGUCCUUCUUCGGUGUGGACCACGACUCCAACAGCAACACGGCCGGCAUGAACAAGUGCGGGACGCUGGUCUGCCCCGAUGUGGCCCAGAUCCGGGAGCACCUCCGCCAAAAAGAUCCCGCCCUCUUCAGCAUUCUGUCCCACGUGUACGCCAACAGCAACCCGGCCAACAACCCAGGCAUACAGCGUUGUCCGUCUUCCACCGUUGUAGGGUAGACACGAUGAUCGUAUUAAAUCAAAUAAAACAGAUUUUUAAAUAUUUCUGAUGUUGGGAUAGAAAUAUGUCCCUUUAAAUAAGAUUUUUUUUAAAAAUACAUUCUAUGAUUUUUACUCUA